UGUUCAUCGAGAGUCGCAAAAUGGUGGCUUCUGCUAUACGCGGAGAAAUUUUGUUGUACCAUUAAGAACAGAAAAAACACGCAUUUGUGGUAAUAAAAUAUAGUGAAUUUAUCGUGUAAAACAUUAAAAAGGCCCUGCAAUUGGAAUACGCGUGUGGAAGUGUGCACAAAUCGUGUCUUUUUUGUAGAAAGACUGCGAAAAUAUUUCUGAAACUUCUCCUCGGCAGGCAGCAAUAAAAAAACGCAAAGCAAGCAAGCGAAGUGCGUGAGUGUUAGUGUUGGUGUUAGUGCUUGUGUGUAUGUGAGUGUGUAAGUGCUUGUGCAUGUGUAUGGCUAGCGUGUGCGUGUGUGUGUGUGCGCAAAGUGUAUGCAAAAAAGAAGACAAAACAGAAGAGCAUUAAAAAACGUAUUGUUGCCCACUACUACUGACAACUUUUACGCGGCGCACACACAACGACGACAACGAAGUAGCAGCCGCAGCAGCAGCAGCAACAAAAACCAAGCAAACCAACAACAACGACGACGACAGAAAAUUUACAAUUCUCAUCGUCUCUCUCUGUCUCGCAAAUCUGUGCUUUGUGCAAAUUAACCAAAAUAUACAUUUCCGGCUGCCCAAAUCAUCCCCCUCCUGCUCUAUCCGCCCCCCCUUCGCCCACACUUUCUGUGCAUUAAGCAAGAACAACUCCAACAACAGCAAGGAAUUGCGUCGCAGUUAACGCCUCAGCAUCAACAACAUCACCAAGUAACGGGACCCGGCUAAGACAACGACAACGAUACCCGACCCAAGUGGGACCUAGAGCGAGAGGCAACACACAUUUAUAUUGGAUUCAUGUUGAAUUUUCAUAUCAUAGCGGGCAUAAAAAGGCUUAACACUGGACCGGAAGCGUGUUUUUAAAGGGUGAUGGCGGCCUCCACUCAAGGAGAAAUACGAGUGGGUCCCGGCCACCAGGUAAACGAUGUCUAUGCAAAACUGCCCGAUUAUAAUCCAAUCUCAAGCUUCCCCGUUGACAAGGAAACCGAUGAACGUGAACUAGAGGAAACAAGAUGGAGUCCAGGCGUUGUGGCCGAUGGCGACUUGUUAAUGUUUCUGCGUGCCGCACGCUCCAUGGCUGCAUUUCAAGGAAUGUGUGAUGGCGGUUUAGAAGACGGUUGUUUGGCUGCCAGUCGCGACGACACAACAAUUAACGCACUCGACGUGCUACACGAUUCUGGCUACGAUCCAGGCAAAGCUCUACAAGCGCUCGUAAAGUGCCCCGUUUCGAAGGGCAUAGACAAGAAGUGGACCGAGGACGAAACGAAAAAGUUCAUCAAGGGUCUUCGCCAGUUUGGCAAAAAUUUCUUCAGGAUCCACAAGGACCUGUUGCCGCACAAGGACACACCGGAGCUGGUCGAAUUCUACUAUCUGUGGAAGAAGACGCCCGGCGCCAACAACAAUCGCCCCCAUCGGCGACGCAGACAGAGCGCAUUGCGUCGCAAUCGUGUCACGCGCGCCAAUAAUAGCACACCUCCCAAAAAGGAGGACACCCCGGAACCACAAGCUGCGACGACGGCGACGGCGGCGGCGUCGGCUGCAGACACGGCUGCGAGUCGCUCAUCGCCCGCUGUCUCCAAGGAGGAGAACAGUUCUCUCACCGAGGACGACGCCAGCGAGUGUGACAGUGAUUCGAGUCUGACUAACAAAAGGGAUGAAUCACCCUCUAGGAUGAGGACGCGUAAUAAACAACAGAAUAACAAUAACAACAACAACAGCAGCAGCGCCAGCAAUGCAACCGGUGGUGGUGGCGUUGGCGGUGGAGGAGGUGCCUCCGCUGCUGCUGCAGCUGCCGCUUCGGUUAAUGCCUCUGGCAACACUGGCAGCGGCGGCAAGGAUCAAUCCUCGGGUGGCGCUGGCAAUGCCAACAGCAGUUCGGUAGCCAACGGCAAACGGCCCAAGCGUGGCUCUGAGACCCCAGACGCAGCGGCAGCCGCCUCGGUCGAUAGUCCCAAGACGCCAACCAAGAGCGUGGCGGAGGGAUCGAGCAAUAAGCGCAAGGGCGGCAAACAGGAUACGCCGAACAAGAAGAAGCGCACCGAAACGGAGACGAACAGUAGCAGCGAGCAGACGAACAACAGCAACGACGACAACGCCAUCAAGGACACCAUCAAGCAACGCAAGCGUCCCGACAGUCCGGUCGAGAGCAUGAACUCCGAUUCACGUCCGGAUUCGGUGCUCGACGAUGGCGAAUCGAAUACAACGGACACGGACGGACGCACAGCGGAGCAGCAGUCCAGCAAGGAUGGCAAAGAGCUUAACUGCAAGGAGGAGAGCGCUGUGACGUUGACGGGCGAGUUGGAUGCUAAGUCAGAGCUGAACGAGAAACCAAUCAAAAUGGAAACAUCCUGCGCCGACGACAGCAAAGACACCAUCAAGAACAUGGACGAGGAGACGAAUAUUCAGGCGCCGACCAGCAUUCAACCGCUCAGCUUGAAGCCCACACAUGUUGAUGGGCUGAUGAAGGAGUCCAGUUCCUUGGAGGCGCCACCAGUGAUCGCCGCUGUGGCGCCCAUUGCCAUGAAGGUGCCCACAAUUGCCACCGUUGAGGCGUUAAAUGCGUCUGUGGAUCGUGAUCGCAAGGAGGCCAUCGAGAAGAUGGACAUUUGCGAGAGCGAUGCCGCGCGUGAUCCCGAGCUGCUCAAGAAGCUUGCCAGUAUAAAGCAGGAAGCGUCACCUCAACAACAACAGCAGCAACAGUUGCAGCAGCAGCAACAACAGCAGCAGCAACUGCAACAACAACAGCAGCAGCAACAACAACAGCAACAACAGUUGCCCAUUGUGCCGCCCGUCUCGGCAGCAGCGGGACCACUGCAGGAGCCCGUCUACAUAAAGAAGGAACCAAUGGAGGACUCCAUGGACGCCACAUGCAAUCAAAACAGCAACGAGCCCCAAGAUCUCAAGGUGAAAAUUGAAAUCAAAAACGAGGAUCACAAGAUCAACACCAGCGGCAUGCCGCCCACCAGCUCAGCACCGCCGCUGCCCAAUUCCCAGCUGGUUGGACUGCACCACAGUUCCGCCGAUGCCCUCGGCGCUGAGCCGCUGCAUCUGCAGCACUUGCAACAUGGUCCACCACCACAGGCGCCGCCUGGCUACCUCAUUGAGGGGCAAUUGAAGUACGGGCCGCCGGGUUCGGCGCCGCCACAGCCGCCGCCGCAGCUGCACAGUGAUCCGAGCAGCGCAGGACCGCCAGUGCCGCCCCAAAAGUAUCCUGGCGAUAUGGAGCUGAAGUACAACGAGGCCGCCGUCAAGUUUGAGGCCAGCGGCAAGUUUGCGCCACAGGAACUCAAGUAUCCGGUGCCGCCUCCGCUGGACGCCCUGAAGUACAGCCAAGAGAUGCAGGCAGCAGCUGCUGCAGCGGCCGCUGUGGGCAAGUACGAUAUGAAGUACAUGAUCGAGCAGCAAGGCAAGUAUCCGGUGGAAUUGGCGCCACCCAAACCUGGCUACCAGGAGGCCCUCAAGAUACCCGACGUCAAGCCGGGCUUUGGCCACUUGCCGCACAACAUUGGCUCGCCCUUAGACGGCAGUGGUCCUGGGCCGGGACACAAAUAUGCACCCGCCGGCCAGCCUGGUCCGCCAGGCCCUCUGGAUCCGCAGCAACAGCCACCAGGAGCGACGCCGCCACCAACGAUUGCCAUGCCCAAGCCGCACUAUCAGCACGAUGUCCAAACACCGCCACUGGGACGACCCUUUGAGCCAGCCGGCCUUAUGCUCAAGUACGGUGAUCCGUUGGCAGCCAAAUAUGGGCCGCCACAGCCGCAGGAUUUGAAGUAUCCCAUGCCACCCGUUUCCGCUGCCGGCGGCGAGAAUUUGAUCAAAUCUUCGCCGUAUGGUCCGCCGCCAGAGAGUCCCAUUGAUGCAUCGGCACGCUCGACACCUGGCCAGGAUAGCCAGGGCAGCAAUAGCAACAGCAACUCGCAGCCACCGACGUCACAGUCGCAAGCGCAAACGCAGCCACAGCAAUUCCAGUCGCCACAUCCGUCGCCGCAUAUGCCUUCGCCCGCUGGCGGCGGCCUGCCACCCGGCAUGCAUCCACAAAAUCUCAUCUCCCCGCACGGUCACGGACCACCGCCGCCCAAUACAUCCGGCGCUGGUCCCGCCCCCCAGCCGCAGCCGCCGACAUCGCUCCAUCAACCGGUGGGAGGCAGCUCGGUGCCGGGCCAGGGACCGCCCAGCCUGCAGCAUGGUCUGCCCCCAGGCGGUCCAGUUGGUGUGCCGCACUCGCAGAUGUCCUCGAUUGCCUCCUCGCUACCGGGCGCGCUCUCGUCGCUGGGCGCACCCACGCUCUCGACGAUGGCACCUUCGCAUCCCAUGCACCCGCAUAUGCAUCCACAUCAGCAUCCGCAUCUGCAAACGCUACAGUCGCUGCAUCGUCCACAUCCCGAUCUGCCGCCCGCGAUGCAUCCGCAUGCACCGAUGCCAAUGUCGCUGCAGGCCCCAGGACCGCCGCCACCGCACAGUCAUGCACAUCCCUUGGCGCCCGCGCAUGCCCAACCAUCACAAGUGGGUCCGGGACCCGGCGGUCCUGGCCCAGCGGGCACAGUGCGCACGCCAUCGCCGGCUCAGCAACAGCAGCCGCCGCCACGCAGUCUGCACGAGCCGCCGCCUACGUCUCGGGAACCGCCUUCAUCGCACACAUCGACGGCGCCAUCGAUGGCCAGCGCUGUGAACUCGGGGCCAGGCCAAGGACCCGGACCGGGUCCGGGACCAGGACCAUUGCCGCAUCAGUCACCGCAUGCGCAUCGCACAUCGCCGCUGCCCGGUCUCGCGCAUCCGGCUGGCCUCAUCGGUCAUCCCAUGGCCAUACAUCCGCAUUUGCCGCACCUACCGCCAGGUCAUCCGGCGCACGCAGCUUUGGCGCAUCCCGGUCACCAUCUGCUCUCGCAUUCAAUAGCCGGUCUGAGUCAUGGCGGUGGUCCCAUUGCUUUACUUGCGGGUCCGGGCGGUUUGAGUGGCUUGCCGGAGUCGGCGCUGAGUCGCCGCACGCCGCCCAGUCAUUUGUCGCAUCCACAUGCUUCGUCGGCACCCACAACGCCUCACUCGGCGGCCAUCUCGACGAGCAUGGCGCUGACCACCACACCCAGCACGGUGCCAUCGUCCGCUUUCAGUCGCGCCAGUCCCAGCGUUCAACUCACAAGCGGCUCCGCUCCCGGAGGUCCUGGUGGACCCGGUGGCAGCAACAGCAGCACACCGAACAACUCCUCCUCCGCCGCGGCAGCUGCUGCGGCCGCUGCAGCAGCGCAUCGUGCUGCCUCGCCAGCAUCGAGUGUAGGCAGCCUGAGUCGUCAGAGUCCGCUGCAUCCGGUGCCGCAGUCCCCGCUGAGUCAUCAUCCCUCAUCGUCAGCGCUGUCCGCUGCAGCGGCCGCUGUGGCCGAGCGAGAUCGCCAUGCGCUACUGCGUCAGCAGUCGCCGCACAUGACCCCUCCGCCGGUGUCAAGUGCCUCCGGUCUGAUGGCCAGUCCGCUGAGCAAAAUGUACGCACCGCAGCCGGGUCAACGUGGUCUGGGUACCUCGCCGCCGCCGCAUCUGCGUCCCGGCGCAUCACCGCCAGUUAUACGCCAUCCACAGAUGCCGCUGCCAUUGCCACUAAUUGCGCCGGGCGGUGGCAUACCCCAGAUUGGUGUGCAUCCUGGACAGUCGCCGUAUCCGCAUCCUUUGCUGCACCCCUCGGUCUUCUACUCGCCACACCAUCAUAAUCCAUUCAACUCGCCCUACGGCUAUCCGGCCUACGGACCCAGCUUCCCCACCUACAUGAAACCGCCACCGCCAGCCGGUCCCCUUGAUCCGGCUGCCGUCAUGGCUGCCCAUCAUGCUGGUCUGCCCGGUCCGCCGCCCCAAGCGCGUCAGGAUGAGCAGAAUGCCGCCGCCGCAGCAGCUGUGGCUGCGGAGAAGCAGCAUUCAGCAGCAGUGGCAGCGGCCGCAGCAGCAGCGGCACAGCAACAACAGCAGCACAAACCCCCUCAGCAGCCGCAGCAACAACAGCAGCAGCAGUCGCAAGCACAGCAGCCAGGAGGUCCGCCACAGAACAAGCCGCCCACGCCAAAGACGCCACAAGGCCCGGGUGGCGUGGGUGUUGGUCUGGGAGGUCCUGGCACGCCUACUGGUCUACCGCCUGGUGCAUAUCCAGGUGCGCAUAUGCCGGGUUAUCCACCGCCACCGCAUCCGUCGCCGUUUGCGCCGCAGGAUGGACAGCCGCAUGGCCUCAAGCCAACCUCGCACAUGGAUGCGCUGCGUGCCCAUGCGCAUUCUGCCAAUUCGGCGGGUCUGGGCGGUGGACAUCAUCCAACCGAGCCAUUGCCCAUUGACAUUGAGCCGGAUCCGGAGCCAGAGAUACCCAGCCCCACACACAAUAUACCGCGAGGUCCCAGUCCCGAGGCCAAGCCCGACGACACCGAAUGUCAUCGCUCGCAGUCGGCCAUCUUUGUGCGUCAUAUUGAUCGUGGCGACUAUAACUCGUGCACGCGUACGGAUUUGAUCUUCAAGCCGGUAACGGACUCCAAGCUGGCGCGCAAACGCGAGGAACGCGAUCGCAAACUGGCUGAAAAGGAGCGUGAGCGACGUCAACAGCAGCAACAACAGCAGCAGCAGCAACAACAACAGCAGGCCGCAGCCGCACAACAAGCAGCGCAACAAGCCAAGCUCAAAGCGGAACUGAAGCCACCAUAUGCGGAUACGCCCGCCUUGCGUCAGCUGUCGGAAUACGCGCGUCCACAUGUCGCCUUCAGUCCUGUUGAGCAGAUGGUGCCUUAUCAUCAUCCAAUGAGCCCCAUGUAUAGCAGAGAGAGAGAAUUGGAGGAGAUCAAGAACGCACAAGCGGCCGCAGCGAGUCAAUCGCGACUGGAUCCGCACUGGAUGGAAUACUACAGACGCGGCAUACAUCCCUCGCAAUUCCCGCUGUAUGCAAACCCGGCGAUUUCACAAAUGGAACGUGAGCGUUUGGGCAUACCGCCGCCACAUCAUGUGGGCAUGGAUCCGGGCGAGCAUAUGAUACGAUUGACGAGAGAAUAUCAUGCACACUCUCAUACUCAUUUACAUUUGCCUUUGCAUCCACAGCCGCAACCACCGGAGGCCGGUUUCCAACUGCCACCGAAUGUUGGUCAAUAUCCACGGCCAAAUAUGCUUAUACCUAGGGAGCCGCAUUCGGAUGUUUUGCUGAGGAUGUCCUAUGCAGAUCAACUACAGUAUUUACAGGCCGCCGAAUUUCAACGUCAAUCGCUGCACGAGCAAUACUUCAGACAACGGCCCAGAUAAGUGGACUAAAGAGUGCUUAAAAAGAAAGAGAGAGACAGUAACUGGCAGGCAGGCAGGCUAACAGCAAUUGUAGAAUUCAAUCCCCAAGCAACUGAACAAAGACAAAAUACUCUUGGCGUGUCAACUGAGAGGAAAAUGCUUUGUGUGUGAUUUUUGUGUUCAAACGUUUACAUUUUGCUUUUCUACUGCAAACCACCAAAACAUCAACAUCAACUACUACUACAACAACAACAGCAACAAAAAAGAACAAUUAAAUAAGCACAUAUUAUAAACCAAAACAAGAAGCAACAAAAACAACAAUAAUAAUGUGUAUCCCCAGGCUAUGUAACUAGCAACUUUAAGUUGCGCAACGCUUUGUCCAGUUUAUGUGUAAAAAAAAUCAGCUGCGUUAAACAAAGCCUGGAAACUCUGCAGCUAAAAAACAAACAAAAUCCUCUUACUGACAAGGAAUCAAAAUAAGCAAAAACAAAAUGAUGACAACCUGAUGAAGAAGAUAUAUAAGAAACUAAAUGAAACAAGCAAACAAAACAUGAUGGUCGCAAUAUUUUAAGUAUCGUCUUUAUAGUGUAUAGUGUUAACAGAUGUAAACAAAAUGAAAAGCGUGUUAAUUAUCGUUUAAGCUUACGAGAAUUGAUGAUUAAGGCAAAUGGAACAAAAUCAACAACAACAACAAAACUUAGCACACAAAUUUUUUAAGGUUUUCAAUGUGCAUAAUGUGCAACACACACAUUUUCAGAUUGUAGCACCACUUUGACUAAAUAAUAAGCUCUAUUCAAAUCAAAUUAACUAGACACACUUGCAAUUAGCUGAAAAAACAAGAGCAAAACCAAAACACACAAUAAGAAAACCUUGUUAGAAACAUUGCAAGGACCUUUAGUAUAUAUUUAUGUAUAUGCCGUAGAGUUUUAUGCUAUCACUUCCUCAAUCCGGAAGAUAGAACAAUGCGCCUUUUUCCAGACCAACACACGGCCCUGUAUAAUGGGGCUCGUUCGAGCUCUUAAUUGUCGCUACCUAUAAACUAUAUAACUGAAACAGUAACUAAUUUGGCAUGUAUGUAUAUGUAAUUUAAAGUUAUUAUACUUCCAGCCACAAUUGAACUAUAUAUAUAUAUAUUUAUAUUUUGUAAUAUUAGUACGCUUGCUGCUUAUCCUGGAGUUUUUAAACCUUUUUUCUUGUGUUGGCUUUCUCGCUUUGCUUACUUACUACUCAUUAUUUAUUAUUUUUGCUAUAACUAGAGUAUUAUAACUAUUAUCGAAGGAAUCCAAGCAACAAAAACAUGUUUGUAUAAAAAAGAAAACUAAAAAAUAACAAAUUAUUAGAGAAUAAGUGAUAAAUUUAAAUAUGUGAAUUAUGAAUGCGGUUUUCAAAGCAAACACAAAAAAAAAAACAAAGCGAGCAAGUAAUUUGUAGAAAUCGUCCCCCCAAAAAAAAAAAAAUUCAAUCCAUGUACUAUAUUUACAUAUAUGAAGAGAGAAGGCAGCCCCCGCAUUUGUAGCAGCUGCAGUUUUUCGAGUGCUUAAUUUAUAUUAUUAGUAAUUUAUACACAACAUAUUAUAUAAUAAUGAUUCGAUGAGAUGCAUGCAUUAUAAUACAAAUUAAUAAAUCUAUAUGUCAAUGACAAGGAUUCUAUUAACCAUAGGGCCAAUAAAAAGAAAAACAAAAACACAGAAAAAA